AUGCCUCCAACAUCGAGCAUCUCGUCGAAACAAUUCCUGUCCUUGCCGAACUUUACUGGAACCUCCCCAUCGCGUCUACAAUCACUCUAUUCUGAUAUCUCAAGGCAGAAGCACUCCAACCCCACUUCGUACCAAUCCAAUGUCUCAUGGUGGCGCGCUACACUCGAAGCCAUCGUUGCUAAAGGAUGGCAGCCUAACUCUUCUGACAAGCUCGUUUUGCAUGUAGACCAAAGUCUACCUGAUUAUUUGCGCUACGAGGGCACGGGCAAGCCGUUGUGCUUAGGCACCGUAAUCGCUGAGUUGAGCAGCUCUCUGCUUGCCAUCCCGCUCUCUCAAUUCCUCGGCGCAACACAGUCGGUUUACGACAAAGGCUGGCUUCCCCUCCGUAUCGCGUCCUAUGUAAUUGGUAAGCCUCUUUGGUGGGCUCUGCAACAAGCCAACAUUGUCGGUACAGACGAGGGCGGGCACGAAAGUGACGCGGAGCGAUGGCGGAAGGUGAAAGGCGAAUAUGUUGUUCUUGCUCUCGUCGAGAGGGCAGCAGAGUCGGUUCUCGAAAGACAGCGACAGAUAGCAGGCUCUCUAGCCGACACCCUGUUCAAUUUUGACUCAUUCCGUGUCGAAUUCUCGGGCAAUGCGUUGGAAGGCGUUACACUCUCAGAUAUGGAUAUCAAAGUCCUCGUUAAGUUCCUGGAGCGAGACAAGAGUGCGGUCGUUGUUGACAAAGAGGUCAUCAAAUUCAUCGAUGCAAGUACCACGGAGCCUCUAGAAAUCACAGCAGUCGACCGUGGCAUCCUCGAACUCAAAACAGUGGUGGCAAAUCUCGAUAAGCAAAUCGAGCGCAUACAGAGGAAGAUGGACGAGUGCACUGAGAAGGCGAUUGUCGCGCUACGCCAGAAGCGUAAGGAGCUUGCGUUGAGUUACAUACGCUCACGCAAGCUGUCGGAAGACCUGCUUAGACAGCGCCUCGGAUCGAUCGAAACGCUUCAAUCAACACUUAUUCGAGUUGAGGCGGCCGCUGGCGAUAUCCAGAUAAUGAAAUCAUACGAGUCAUCGACGACGACCCUCCGCACGCUCCUGGCACACCCAUCACUUCAGCGUGAUACUAUUGAUCAGACGCUUGACGCACUCGCCGCUGCCAACGCUGACGCUAAACAUGUAGACGACGCAAUCCGCAUGGGCGGUGACAUUGCUAUGGCGGAAGCUGGCAUCGAGAUUGAUGACGCUGAGCUUGAGGCUGAGCUGGCGAAGCUCGUAGAGGAAGGAGAGAGGGAGCAGCUGGAGAAGGCGGAUAUGGACAGACUAGCAAGACAGCACAUGCAGAAGGAUGCUGUGCCUGAGCAGGAACCUGUUGUGAGCAAGGAUAGCUACGGAGCGGUUCCUGUGCUCGAGAAUGCGUAG